ACAGCACUUGAAGGCCACAUUGUUGACGAAGCGCCGAAGCACACGUGCCGCAUAAAGUUUUAUGUUGCCAUGGUGACAGAGGAUCCUCAACUCUGCAACAGCUUUGCAUAAAUGGAAACGUUAUUAUUUUAACGCUAAUAAUGGCCCUGAAUAAUUCGUCGUGUUGGGAUUCAAUUCUGGAAAGAGUGAAAUCACACAUACCGUCUAUUGACUUCGAUGCCACAUCAUCCGAGAAUGAAGAGAUUGUUACCGUGUAUCAAAGGCCAGCAGGUCUUUCCCCAACGAUCCCUAACGACUUUGACAUUUUUUCAAUGGAUGACGAUGAACUAGAGGAACUGCUAAAACCUGCAACUCAGACAUGCUGGUCAGAGGAGAGUGUGAAGUUGGAUGAUGAUGAAACUGUAGGAGGCACUACUGCAACUCAGUGGGGUACACAACACUCUGGUGCUAAUGUUGAGGCCACUGCGAGUGAGAGAGGUGUUUUGCAGUUGAAUAGCGCUAAGCAGGAUGCCUCUGCUAAAUCAAAGGUGGACAUCACAAAAUCUGAUGAGCGUUUUCCUUUUCUUUCAUUUGCGAAGCUUGACCAGUGGGACUUAGAUGAUGUCCUCAUAAAUCUUAAAGAGGAUGGGCUGUCCCUGCAACAAAUUGUGUCAGUUAAACCCUCGAAAAAACUUCCAGAUGGUGACAAGGACAGGUCAGAGGGAAGUAAAAUGGAGAGAAUAGUUGCGUUCUGUGAGAGACAGUCAUCUAAGUCUGUAUCAGAACCUGUAAAAAGUCCAAACCAAAUCAGACAGAAUAAUGUGUGCAACAAAUCAUCCGAGAGGAUGGAAGCAGAGCUGCAGCUGAGCCACCAGGAAUGCCCCACUGUCUAUAUUGACCUGCGAUGCCCCGAUCCUUCAAUAAAACCACUAAGAACACCCACAAACUUUUUAUCAGAUUCCAAGUCACCAGCCAAACACAAUACUCACCAGGAAACACCACCUGCAAAGAAACACAAUUUUAAAGUGCAUGCUGGAUCACAGAUGGGGGACAGGGAAGUGACGGGAAAGAGCGUGCUGCUUCAGAAAAUCAGAGAGAUGAAUAGAAAUGGAAAUAAAUAUCCUAACAAACAUACAGAUCCUCCAUAUUCAGUUUCAGUGAAUGAAGCAGUCGUGCUGAAAGAGAAGCUAGCCCAGCCUGUAGAGUCUACAUGUAGCAAUGAGUCAGACCAUCUGUUAAAAGACAAACAUUACUCACAUGUACAGCUAGAGUACAGAAACCCUAAAAUGGAAAGCCCACCAACAACUCAGCAAAGUGCAACCAAAAAAACAAAGCAGCAAAGUGACCAACAGAGACAGCAGGUUAAGAAGACAUUACAGCACGAACAACACCAGCAGAUUCUUAAGCAACUGGAAAUACAAUGUCCAACUGAAUCUGUCAAUCAGAAGCAGGCAGCUGCUGAAAGGACUGAUGUUCUUUAUGAUUUUGAAGUGUCCCAUCUACAGUCAAUCAGUACACUACCAGCAGAUAUUGAAAGUAAGGGGUGUAUGCUACUGAUUGUGGACCUCUCCAGUCCGGGUGUGGUUGGAGCCGGAGCUCAUGGGAGGAAAAAACAUCUGACUCCAUCUGCAACCAAAUCAGACAUCUACAACACUUUAGUGGCUUGGUUUUUGUCUUUGGUUGGCCCGGAGCCACGCCAUCAUGACCAGGUUGGUGCAAAGGUCCCAUUCUGGGUUGCAGGACUUCAGCAGCUGUGGACAGAGGAUGGACUGGCUUUGCAUGUUUUAGCUGUGGCCUGUCACUCUUACACACCAAGGAAAAGGGACAUAGACAUCCAUGCACCUUUCUAUAACCACGUCUGCAGGUUCCUCUCUGAGACCCCACUCAGUCUGAUUGCCUGCUGGCUACCUCAGCUCAUGAACUUGCUGGAUCAACAAGCCUAUGCCUCACCCAUCCAUCUGCCCUCUUCCUGUUUAUCUUGUUUCAUCUCCACAACCUCCAACAAAAAGGUUAUAGAUAGGACAUUUGGUCCCAAUCCAGGGUUUUACUGGCAGACUGUGGAAACUCAGGAGCGUGUUUGUAAGGGGAGAGAGACCACACAAGAGCUGCACACAGAGGUAUCAGUGGCUCUGGGGUGCAAAGCUUACUUCCUGCAACCACUCAUAACACACUACACCCUCCAGCUUGUUCUCGACUCAGGACUCGAUGUGGGUGGUCUGCGGCUCCUUUAUCCACCACAGGGGUUCCUCAGUGAAAGUGCUAGUGCUGUACCAGUUAUCCAGAGAAGUGAUGGCGCUUGCCAGCCCAUUCUUGCACUUGCUGUUCGGGGCCUUCAUGCCCACUCAGUGUUGAAAGAUUUAACUCGCUCCUUAGAUCCUCUGAUGCCAAGGAAUAUAGAUUUCAACCCUCUUAAGCCUCCACUCUACUGUCCUCAACUGGCCAGUCAGGUCCACAGGGAGCUGUGCUUUUGGUUUUCAGGAAGACUUCAAAGAGAAAGUGCACAAUAUCACACCCAGCCUCUGAAAAGAGUUGAACCUUUGGAUGACAGAGUCAAAGGCAGCCUGUGCAGACCACCUUCCUUUUUGUGUGCUACAACAAAAGCUGACUUACUCCUUGUGGUGUCGCCUGCCGUGCCUCCAUGUUGCUACAGCCAAGUGCUGGCUGUCUGUGAACGCAGGGGCUUCAAUCUGCUGGGGCUGCAGAGGCUGCAGCUUCAGAGCAACAGAGUUGCAGUCCUUGGACUCACCAACCAGCAGGCACUUGUGUUCUGCAGUCCACAUACAGUGACCCUGGAUCAGGGUCAGCUGGAGCGGCCCUCUCACUGUCUGGUGUUAUUACUGAGGAAAGAAAAUGCAGUGCACCACAGUGGUAGUCUGCCAGCAGCCCUGAUGAGAGAAUUUAAGGCGCAAAAGCUUCUGGGUUACAUCAGCCCCACUACAUCCAGACUUGAUGGCGUUCACAGAGUAGUGCCAAACUUCUGUUUCCACACUGUGCCUUACAGCAGAAACCUGUUCAAUAUCUUUGUUAAGCAUAUGUGGGCAGUACCAAAUCCUUCCAGUGUGAUCCUAUCCCGUCAGAAAUAUUCAUCCAACUCCGACGUUGAGCAGGUGGUGAUUCUGACCUUGUGUGGGAAGAACAUGAGCCAAGGCCUGAGCCACGUACACAGAGUGCUCACAGAAAGGCCAGAAGGUGAUGCAGGAUUCAAGCUGCUUGGCUUGAAGUGGUUGCCUGCAUUGACUCGAAUGCAGGCUCACGAAUUGAGUCCAUACGAGGUGGGGGAGCAGCUCCAUCAGCACAGCCUGGACAAUCUGAUGUCCUCCCCGGCCCUAGUGUGUGCUCUCAGACGAGUGGAUGCCUUUGCUUCACUGAGGAAGCUUCUACCACUCCAUUACCCCGGUAACCUCAGUGUCCUGAUGUCACCCACAUCCGAAGUGGCCUUCAGACAAGCAGCCACCUUCUUCUUUAAGCAUGAGAUGAUAUCUGAUCCAGAGAUGCUGCUCACUGUGUGCCUGCUGAAACCAAAAAUCUGCAAUCAGGCCUGGGUUAAAAUCGUCCGCAAACUCCAGCUGAGUGGCCUCGCACUGGUGGGCCUGCAUGUAGUGACCCUGGACAAAAGCAAUGCCAUCUCACUACUGCCUGCAGAAAGUGACAGCACAGACUUGGAAGCCCAUGUGGAGUACUUGUGUUCUGGCUCGUCACUGGCUCUCUGCCUCCAGGGGGAGAACGCUGUGAGGAGGCUGCUGGAUGUGCUGGGCCAAGAGGAAUUAUCCCUGUGGGCCUUUGAUGACAUGGCUCAUUUAUACAAAGGCAUCUAUGGCUCAGGAUCAUACAAAAAAGCAAUUCAGGAUGUAAAGAGGCUUUUUCCAGAGGGUCUCUGCUGUACUGACACCAGCACAAUGAGACAGGAACAGAUACCCAGCAUGCACUCAGACCCUUUUGCCUCUGCGGAGCGCCAACAGAGCUGCACACUGACACCUGUGGCCCGGGAAAGUCCAUCACCUUCAGCGGUAUCAGGACAAAAUGGAGGGAUACACAGUGCUCUCUGGCAGACAACCUGUUUGCUGAUACCCUUAAAUGCUCCACCUCUCAGCCAAGUGCCAUCACAGCUGGACAUGCUGGAGCAGCUGCUGAGGUCAGGGUGCCAUCUGGUGGCAGGGAGGAUGAGCAUACUGGAUAAUGAGCAGAGGAAAGACAUUGCUGCAACACUGAAAGGAGGAGAUGAAAGGAUGACUCAUCUUUACUCAACAUCCUGUCUCAUCAUGGCUCUGCAAGGGAAAGAGAUUGUGACCUGCUUUAACAUGAUCCUUGAAAGCAUUUACAAGAAGAGGCCAGACCUAGAAAAAGUGGGGAAAAUGAUCAUCUACCCAGAGAGCCAGAAAGAGGCCAGUCAGCUGAUCUGCUACCUAUUUGAUGCCUUGUCUCCUGAGAGCUAUCAAGCCAUUGCGCCAUAAAGUUCACAUAGGUGCAUAAGUGCUAGCAUGCCAAAGGCAAUGCUACAUCAGUUAGCAUUUUCAUACAUAUGUUCUAUGUUAUAAUUUUGAUUAUUCAGGAAUGUUGUUUUUGAUAAUAUAACUAUUUUCCAGGUCAUUGUAAUGUAAUAAAUGUUUUUCCCUUAAA